CCGGAUAUCCGGCCGCUAACGCUGCUUCUGAUUCCUGGCGGAGCCACAUGGCGCGGAACGGCGGAGCCGCUGCCUCCAAGGAGCUGCUAGGCGUGGGGCGGGGAGGAGGCAUUUGUGACACACUGUUGAUUAAUUCCAAGCAUGUUAACAAAAAAGCCACAAGUUUACAAACGGUUAGAAUGCCACGGAGUAAUAUUUUCGACAGAGUACAGAGCUUUCUUCCACAGAUGGCCCAUGCGAAUGAUGACCUAGCUAAAAAGAUAGCGACAGCAUCACCACAUCAGUUUGAUAUUGAACAUCUCGAUGAUGCCCCUGAAAAUAUUAUAGAAAUGAAUGUUGCCUUGGUUGAGCUAAGUGGUUCAGACACAGAUGAAGAAGAAAUAACUUCGGAAGACAGCUCAGAAUCUGAAGAAGACAGCUGUGCAACUGAUGAAAUUACUGUAGACAACAUGAAACUUCCUAAACAAAAGGGUGAAAAGGGCAAAAUUGAAAUUUUGGAUAGCGAAGGAAAUGAGUAGGUGUAAUAUCACCUAGGAACUAGCUAGCUUCCAGUAUUUGUCAUUGGGAGUGCUGUGCAUAAUGUGGAGAAGAAUUCCUUAUGUUUGAGAGCCCAGCUGGAAUUCUUAAGGCUAAUAACAUACUGGCCUGUCCCUUGAGUUACAUGGAAAUAAGUUCCAUCAGGUGGUCAGAAUGGAGAAGAAACAGCAAGAAACCCAUAACUUGGAACAGGUCAGAAAUGGUAAGGCCUCAUGAGAGAGCUGAGGAAAGGACUGCUGUGGGUAUAAGGGAGCAUGUGUCUUGGGAGGUAGAAAUAGCACAAAAGAAGACAAAAGGUUAUUUUCUUAGUAUUUACUCCCUCCUAAAAUACUGUAUGUCUGCUCUUACCAAGUAAGUAAACAAACACUGUAGGUACAUGCACAGUGUAGUCUCAGAAUUGAGAGAUGCUUAAGCUAGCUCAGGUACUGGUAGCAAUUAGCACAAGUACCAAACUCAGCACAAGCUAAUUGGCCAUAUUUCAUGACAGGAUAAGUUGUAUUGGAUUGAGGUCUGUGCUGCUGUAGGUAGGCUUUUGUUAGCACCUGAGCUAACUCAUUCAAAGCUAACUAGUAUCUAGCUUUUGUUGAGACUACAGUGUAGAUAUGUCCUCAGUGCCUUCAUGGUCAAAUAUAAGGAAAUAUGCCUAACUGCACGCCUCCCUAAUUUUAUAGGACAGUGAUGUUCAACUUCUGGACUUUAAGCCAUGUCUUCCAGCCCCUGAGGUUCUCCACAGGUCCAGAAAUUUGGAAGUGGGAGAGCAGUAGCAGCAUUAAUUGCUCUUGGCACUGUGGUAAUUAAAGCUGCCACACAACUCUGCUACCAUAGUUAGACUUGUGAGGAGUCCCACGAUCUGGAUAACAAGACCUUGCACCCUGGAUCAUGCCACAGAUAGAUCUGGCAUGCAGGGUUGCACCGUAGCUGGAUCCAGUAUGCAAGGUUUUAUUGGGGCACUGGAUCUAGCCUGUGGAUCAACUCCAUGCCACUCAUCUGGCCUGUGUGGCUGUAUAGGUUGAGCACUACUGUUACAGGAAGCAGCAAUUUGGCCAUUUUACUGUAGUUAGGUUACACGUGGUGUUCUGCAUUUCAGAUAUAUUGGCAGUGCCUCUGUAGAUGACAUUUCUUCCUUAAAGAAACUUAGCACUUUGUACAAUAGUUUUUCUAUACUGUAUCUACUCAAAUGUUAGCAAUCAGGUCUGGAAAGCUUCAGUUAUACAUAUAAUUUAAAAUAAAAAGAAUAAACAGUA